CAAGCUCAUUUGAGCUUCGAGCUCAGGUUCUUGCAAGCCCAAAGUUCAAGUUUGAGAAACAAACAUAGUUCAUCCAUCACUUCAACACCACUGUUCACGUUCCUAGCUUCUUCGACCUCCGCAGCCAUUUCGAAGCUGAACAAGGAUGGGAUUUGGAGCUCUAAGAACCUUAAUUCGACCCCUAGCAAGAACCCUAAUAUCCCGCACCUCCACUUCGAUUUGCUCCACUACGACGCCGUUUCCUUCCACUUCCACUUUCUCACCCCUAAAUUCGGAGCUCCGAUUCGCUUUCGGCGGCCAAGCCCCAUGGUUUCCGAUACACAACCAUUUCCACAGCUUGACCGACACUCGGUUCCCGAAGAGACGGCCCAGCCAAAAGUCUCGUCGCAAAAGAGCCACCAUGAAAACCCCAGGGCCGUAUGCUUGGGUUAAGUACACACCAGGCGAACCGAUACUUCCAAAUAAUCCCAAUGAAGGCAGCGUGAAGAGAAGGAAUGAGAAAAAGCGCAUGAGGCUGCGCCGUGAAUUUAUAUUGGCAGAAAAGAAGAAACGAAAGGCUCAGUUGCAAGAGGCUACAAGGAAGAAGAACAUUAAGAGGGUAGAGCGCAAAAUGGCUGCUGUGGCAAGGGAAAGAGCUUGGGCUCAAAGACUGGCAGAGCUGCAGCAGCUUGAGGAAGAGAAGAAAAAAUCCAUGGCUUAACAUGCAUUCUUGCUCUUACAUCAUCUUUUAUUUCUCGGAAAAUAGCUAACAGCUAGGGAGGGAAGCGGAGUUUUCUCGCUCUGAUGGGUUGUGCCUGGCAUUAGAUCAAAUCUCAAGUGGUUUUUGAAAUUUACACUCCCCCAACCCACCCACCCCACCACCC